CCAAUGUGACCUCUUGGUUAUUCUCGAGCAAGUGAAGGGGAAAACUUUUCUGCCUCUUCCAGAAGGUUCAGAAAAGAUGGAAUUUUGGGGCUCUGAGAGUGAGACUAUCUUGGAUUCCAUCGAUAAGUCGGUCAUCUACUCUGUUGAGUCUGCAGUGAUCAAGUGGAGCCACCAAGUCCAGGUGGUUCUCAAGAGAGAGUCUUCUCAGCCGUUCUUGCAAGGGGAGCAUCCCACACCUAAGGUGGAGCUGGAGUUCUGGAAGAGCAGGUAUGAAGAUCUGGAAUAUAUUUAUAACCAACUGAGAGCAAUCAGGGUGAGAGGCAUGGCUGGACUCCUGGACAAACUUCAGAGCAGCUACUUCCCAGCUUUCAAGGCAAUGUUCAGAGACGUUGUAGCAGCUCUGACAGAGGCACGGGACAUCCACAUUCACCUGAUGCCGCUCCACCACCAUCUGGAAAUCAUCGAGAGCGUGGAGUUUCCCCAAAUGAAACCACGGCUUCGGCCUUUGCUGCACGUGAUUUGUCUGAUCUGGGCCACGUGCAAAGACUACCGCUCCCCAGGGAGGCUCAUGGUGCUGCUGCAGGAGAUCUGCAACCUCCUCAUCCAGCAGGCCUCCACCUAUCUCAGCCCAGAAGACCUCCUUAGAAAUGAGGUUGAAGAAAGUCAGGGGAAAUUACAAGUGGCCGUGGAUACGCUGAACUUCUUCAAGCAAGCAUUUAGAGACAGAAGGGAGAAUCUCCAUACAUACUUUAAAGAGGACCAGGAAGUGAAGGAGUGGGAUUUCCAGUCGUCCCUGAUCUUCGAGCGAUUAGAUGGCUUCCUCCGACGUCUGCACACGGUGAAGGAUCUUCUGAAGACAAUGCUGGAUUUCCAGAAACUGGGGAAACUUGAGUUUAGUGGCAUCCGCGGGAAUGCCCUGAGCCAGCAGGUCCAGAGAAUGUAUGCUGAAUUUCAAGAUAUGUCCAGGGUCUUCUCUGAGUCCUCCUAUGACUGCUUGGACCCCCAAAGCAGGGAAUUUGAAGAUGACAUCUCUGGCUUUAACCAGAGAGUAGAAGACCUCGACCGGAGAUUGGGGACUAUCUUUAUUCAAGCCUUUGAUGAUGCAUCUGGUUUGGAUCAUGCCUUUAAGGUUUGUGAAAGGUUCUCGCCAGUACACAAAAACAUGCCUGCCAUGGCCGGAGGUCUCCGCUGGGUCCAGGAGCUGAGGCAGCGCAUACAGAGGCCCAUCAGCCAUUUCCAAGGCCUCACCCAUCCCUGCCUGGAGUCCGCUGAAGGAAGGCGAAUGGUGCAUAAAUACGAAGACAUGCUCUCGGUGCUGGAAAAGUAUGAAACGAGACUUUAUGAAAACUGGUGCCAGACUGUCUCAGAGAAGUCACAGUACAAUCUUUCCCAGCCGCUUCUGACACGGGACCCAGAGAUGAACCAGAUCACCGUCAACUUUAACCCACAGCUGAUUUCAGUGUUGAAAGAAAUGAGUUAUCUUGAGCCCACGCAGAUGAAGUGCAUCCCGGAGACAGCAGCAGCCAUGUUCUUCUCCAGGGAAUUCUAUCGACAACUUGUGGCUAAUUUGGAGUUGAUGGCAAAUUGGUACAACAAGGUUCUAAGAACUCUGCUAGAGGUGGAAUUUCCAUUAGUGGAGGGCGAGCUGCACACUAUUGAUCGCUGCUUGAGAACUGCAGAGGAGACACUCAACUGGAAAACAGAAGGUGUUUCGGAUUAUGUCAUCCAAGUCACCCAUAGUAUUCGUGAUCUUGAACAAAGAAUUCAGAAAACUAAAGACAAUGUGGAAGAGAUUCAAGGCAUCAUGAAAACAUGGUUAUCUCCAAUAUUUAAGAGAAAAGAUGGGAAAAAAGAAUGCCUUCUCUCUCUGGAUGAUCAGCAUGAUCGAAUGGAAAAAUAUUACAACCUCAUCAAAGACUCAGGGCUUAAGAUACAUGCCCUCGUCCAGGAAAACCUGAGUCUGUUUUCAGCUGACCCGACCUCCCGUAUCUGGAAGACCUACGUGAACUACAUCGAUGCUAUGCUGCUGGAUGGUUUCUUUCUGGCCAUUGAGUGUUCCCUCAAAUAUCUCCUGGAAAAUACUGAAAACAAGGCUGGAACCACCCCAAUAUUUGAAACACAGCUGAGCUUAGCUCCCCCAGAAUUAGUGUUCUGCCCCUCGCUGGAGUCUGGGGUGAAAGGAGGCUUUUAUGACCUGGUGGAGGGUCUUCUCAUGAACAUUUUUAGGAUAGCAUCUCUGGUGCCACGGAUCUCUCCACAAGACCACGCUCCUCACUAUCAGGUUGAUAUGGAGGGCAGAGCUGAGCUGGCAAGCAUGAGGCGCAUGCUCAUGGAGAGGGUCCAGAACAUGAUGGCCCUCUGCUGUGGCUACCGAGACACCUUCAGCCAAUACGCCUCCCUCUAUGUGGAGGACCGGAAGGAGGUCCUGAGUCAGUUUUUGUUGUAUGGGCAUGUCCUCACACCUGAUGAGAUUGAAGCCCAGAUAGAGGAUGGCAUCCCCGAGAACCCUCCCCUCCUCCCUCAGUUCAAAAUCCAGAUCGACCUCUAUGAGAAGCUCUACGAAGAGGUCUGCAAGCUGGAGCCCGUCAAAGUCUUCGACGGCUGGAUGAAGGUUGACCUGCGGCCCUUUAAAGCGUCGCUGUUGAACAUUGUCAAGAGAUGGAGCCUCAUGUUCAAACAGCACCUUGUCGACUCUGUCACUAACAGCUUGGCUGACCUUGAAGCGUUCAUAAGAAAUAGUGAGAGUGGCUUGCUGAUGAAUGUAGAAAAAGGAGAUUUUGACGGUCUGGUUGAGAUUAUGGGACACCUUAUGGCUCUGAAGAAACGGCAGAGCAGCACAGAUGAUAUGUUCGAGCCCUUGAAGCAGACUAUUGAGUUGUUGAAGACCUAUGAACAAGAGUUGCCUGCUACAGUGUUUAAGCAACUGGAGGAGCUGCCAGAGAAAUGGAAUAAUAUUAAAAAGAUGGCCAUCACGGUGCGACAGCAGGUGGCCCCGCUGCAAGCGAAUGAGGUGACCCUUCUCCGGCAGAGGUGCACGGCCUUUGAUGUUGAGCAGCAGCAGUUCUGGGAACAGUUCCACAAAGAAGCUCCCUUCAGGUUUGACAGCACUGACCCUCAUCAAAUGCUCGAUGCAAAACACAUAGCCAUCCAGCAGAUGGAAUCUACCAUGGCCUCCAUCUCUGAGUCGGCUGGCUUGUUUGAAGUCAGUGUUCCUGACUACAAGCAGCUAAAGCAGUGCAGGAAGGAGGCUUGUCAGUUGAAGGAGCUCUGGGACACAAUUGGAAUGGUGACCUCAAGCAUCCAUGCCUGGGAGACCACUAAAUGGAGGGACAUCAACGUCGAUGCCAUGGACCUCGAGUGCAAACGUUUUGCCAGGCACAUCCGGAGCCUUGACAAAGAGGUCAGGGCCUGGGAUGCCUUCACAGGCCUGGAAAACACUGUGUUGAACACCCUGACCUCCCUGAGGGCAGUGGCUGAGCUGCAGAACCCAGCCAUCCGGGAGCGGCACUGGGGGCAACUGAUGCAGGCCACUGGGGUGAGCUUCACCAUGGAUGAGGAUACCACCCUGGCUCACCUCCUGCAGCUCCAGCUGCACCACUUUGAGGAUGAGGUCCGGGGCAUUGUGGACAGGGCUGUAAAGGAGAUGGGCAUGGAGAAGACCUUGAAGGAGCUGCAGACCACGUGGGCGGGCAUGGAAUUUCAGUAUGAGCCCCACCCUCGAACCCACAUCCCCCUCUGGCGGUCUGAUGAAGACCUCAUUGAGAUCCUGGAGGACAACCAGGUCCAGCUUCAGAACCUGAUGAUGUCCAAGUACAUUGCUUUCUUCUCGGAGGAAGUGUCGGGCUGGCAGAAGAAGCUCUCCUCGGCGGAUGCUGUCAUCUCAAUCUGGUUUGAGGUGCAGCGCACAUGGUCCCACCUGGAGAGCAUCUUCAUUGGGUCUGAAGAUAUCCGGGCACAGCUACCUCAGGACUCAACAAGAUUCGAGGGCAUUGACAUGGACUUUAAGGAGCUGGCUUAUGAUGCUGAGAAAACUCCAAAUGUCGUGGAAGCUACCAACAAAUCAGGUCUUUAUGAGAAACUGGAAGAUAUUCAGAGCAGAUUGUCCCUGUGUGAGAAGGCGCUGGCAGAGUACUUAGAUACCAAGAGGCUGGCCUUUCCUAGGUUCUACUUUCUCUCCUCUGCAGACCUGUUGGACAUCCUUUCCAAUGGCACAGCUCCACUGCAGGUGCAACGCCACCUUUCUAAACUCUUCGACAAUAUGGCCAAGAUGCAGUUUCAGUUUGAUGACGCUGAGAAACCAACCAAGAUAAGCCUUGGCAUGUACAGCAAAGAAGAAGAGUACGUGCCCUUCAGUGAGCCUUGUGACUGUAGUGGGCAGGUAGAAAUAUGGCUGAAUCAUGUGCUUACUCACAUGAAGGCGACCGUGAGGCAUGAAAUGACAGAAGGUGUAACUGCCUAUGAAGAAAAACCGAGAGAGCAGUGGCUCUUUGACUACCCAGCUCAGGUGGCCCUGACCUGUACGCAAAUCUGGUGGACAACAGAGGUGGGCAUUGCAUUUGCCAGGCUGGAAGAAGGCUAUGAGAGUGCCAUGAAGGAUUACUACAAGAAGCAGGUGACCCAGCUCAAGACACUCAUUACUAUGCUGAUUGGUCAACUCUCCAAGGGGGACCGGCAGAAGAUUAUGACCAUAUGCACCAUUGACGUGCAUGCCCGGGAUGUGGUGGCCAAGAUGAUUGCCCAGAAGGUGGACAAUGCCCAGGCCUUCCUCUGGCUGUCCCAGCUGCGACACCGGUGGGAUGAUGAGGCCAAACACUGCUUUGCCAAUAUUUGUGAUGCCCAGUUUCUAUAUUCCUAUGAAUACUUGGGAAAUACCCCUCGCCUGGUGAUCACUCCUCUGACAGACAGGUGGGUACCAAUGUCUGCACUAAUGGAGAACCUCACUACUGCCUGGUUCAGGCCAUCCAGUGGCCACUCUUGUGGCAACAUCUACAAAGGCCUUGCUCAGACCGGUGCCUGGGGCUGUUUUGAUGAAUUUAACAGAAUCUCCGUGGAGGUCUUGUCGGUGGUAGCAGUACAGGUGAAAAGCAUUCAGGAUGCAAUUCGAGAUAAGAAGCAGCGUUUCAACUUCCUUGGGGAGGAGAUUAGCCUGAAUCCUUCGGUUGGCAUCUUUAUCACCAUGAACCCUGGCUACGCAGGCCGCACAGAGCUGCCCGAAAACCUGAAGGCUCUCUUCAGGCCUUGUGCAAUGGUGGUUCCGGACUUUGAGCUGAUCUGUGAGAUCAUGCUGGUGGCAGAAGGAUUCAUCGAAGCCCGUUUAUUAGCCAGAAAAUUCAUUACCCUUUACCAGUUGUGCAAAGAGCUUCUUUCCAAACAGGACCACUAUGACUGGGGGCUGCGAGCCAUUAAGUCUGUGCUUGUGGUGGCAGGUUCCCUGAAGCGAGGGGACCCAGAUCGACCGGAGGACCAAGUCCUGAUGCGUUCCUUGAGAGACUUUAACAUUCCCAAGAUCGUGACCAAUGACAUGCCAGUGUUCAUGGGUCUGAUCGGGGACCUCUUCCCUGCCCUCGAUGUGCCUCGGAGGAGAGACCCCAACUUCGAAGCUUUGGUUAGGAAGGCAAUCGUGGACCUGAAGCUCCAAGCUGAGGACAACUUUGUGCUUAAGGUGGUCCAGCUUGAGGAAUUGCUGACAGUAAGACACUCUGUGUUUGUGGUGGGCAAUGCCGGUACUGGAAAGUCUCAGGUGUUGAAGUCCUUGCACAAGACCUAUCAGAUCAUGAAAUGCCGACCUGUCUGGACUGACCUCAAUCCUAAAGCAGUUACAAAUGAUGAACUUUUUGGCAUUAUCAAUCCAGCCACACGUGAAUGGAAGGAUGGUAAGAAUGGGGUCUCAGUUAUCUCAUACUGCUACUUUCUAGGACUGUUCUCUUCCAUCAUGAGGGAGCUCGCCAAUAUCACCCACGAUGGGCCCAAGUGGAUUUUGCUGGAUGGCGACAUAGAUCCCAUGUGGAUUGAAUCUCUGAACACUGUCAUGGACGAUAACAAGGUGCUGACCCUGGCAAGCAACGAGAGGAUUCCCCUUAAUCCCACGAUGAGACUGCUCUUCGAGAUCAGCCACCUGCGCACAGCCACCCCAGCAACGGUCUCCCGAGCAGGCAUCCUGUACAUCAACCCAGCAGACCUGGGAUGGAACCCUCCAGUGAGCAGCUGGAUCGACAAGCGGGAAGUCCAGACAGAAAGAGCAAACUUAACCAUUCUAUUUGACAAGUACCUUCCAACCUGCUUAGACGUGCUCCGAACCAGAUUUAAGAAGAUUAUCCCAAUCCCGGAGCAGAGCACGGUGCAGAUGCUGUGCUACCUUCUCGAGUGUCUCCUGACCACGAAGGACAUCCCCACAGACUGCCCCAAAGAAAUUUAUGAACUUUAUUUUGUGUUUGCCGCUAUCUGGGCCUUUGGAGGAGCAUUGGUCCACGAUCAGCUUGUGGACUACCGGGCAGAGUUCAGCAAGUGGUGGCUGACCGAGUUCAAGACAGUCAAGUUUCCUUCCCAGGGAACCAUCUUUGACUACUACAUAGACCCAGAGACCAAGAAAUUUGAGACUUGGUCCAAGCUGAUCCCGCAGUUCGAAUUCGAUCCAGAGAUGCCUUUGCAGGCAUGCAUGGUGCACACGAGUGAGACCAUCCGCGUGUGCUACUUCAUGGAGCGCCUUCUGGAGCAGCGUCGGCCUGUCAUGCUGGUGGGCGGUGCAGGCACCGGCAAGUCCGUGCUGGUGGGAGCCAAGCUGACCAGCCUGGAUCCCGAGGAAUACCUGGUGAAGAAUGUGCCUUUCAACUACUACACCACCUCAGCCAUGCUGCAGGCUGUCCUGGAGAAGUCUCUGGAGAAGAAGGCUGGCAGGAACUAUGGCCCUCCAGGCAACAAGAAGUUGAUCUAUUUCAUUGAUGACAUGAAUAUGCCUGAGGUGGAUGCUUACGGGACUGUGCAACCCCACACCGUCAUCCGGCAGCACCUGGACUAUGGCCACUGGUAUGACAGGAACAAGCUCUUCCUAAAGGAGAUCAUGAAUGUGCAGUAUGUUUCCUGCAUGAACCCCACUGCAGGCAGCUUCACCAUCAACCCACGGCUCCAGCGUCACUUCAGCGUGUUUGUGCUCUCGUUCCCGGGAGAGGAUGCUCUGUCCUCCAUCUACAGCACCAUCCUGAGUCAGCAUCUGAAGCUUGGGAACUUCCCAGCACCACUGCAGAAAUCCAUCCCACAGCUAAUCCACCUGGCCCUCACUUUCCACCAGAGAGUGGCCACCGCAUUCCUGCCCACUGCCGUCAAAUUCCACUACAUCUUCAACCUCAGAGAUUUUGCCAACAUUUUCCAGGGCAUUCUCUUCUCCUCAGUGGAAUGUGUUACAUCCACACUUGACCUAGUGAAACUCUAUCGACAUGAAGCAAAUCGAGUUUAUCGGGAUAAAAUGGUGGAAGAAAAGGACAUUGACCUUUUGGAUAAGAUUCAGGCAGAAGUGGCAAAGAAAAGUUUUGAUAACAUGGAUUCUUUUAGUACGAAGCAGAACCUGAACAUGUAUUGCCACUUUGCCAAUGGCAUUGGUGAGCCCAAGUACAUGCCUGUACAGUCGUGGGAACUUCUGACCCAGACACUGGUGGAAGCCUUGGAGAACCACAAUGAGGUCAACACCGUGAUGGACCUGGUGCUCUUUGAGGAUGCCGUGCGCCACGUCUGCCAUAUCAAUCGGAUCUUGGAGUCCCCGAGGGGCAAUGCUCUGCUGGUUGGUGUCGGGGGGAGCGGCAAGCAAAGCCUGACAAGGCUUGCAGCUUUCAUCAGCUCCAUGGAUGUAUUCCAGAUCACACUGCGGAAAGGUUACCAUAUCCCUGACUUCAAGGUGGACCUGGCCACCCUGUGUCUCAAAGCCGGGGUAAAGAAUGUCAGCACAGUAUUUCUCAUGACUGAUGCCCAGGUGGCUGAUGAGAGGUUCCUAGUGCUCAUCAAUGAUCUCUUGGCAUCAGGGGAGAUCCCUGAUCUCUACUCAGAUGAGGAAGUUGAAAACAUCAUAAGCAAUGUGAGGAAUGAAGUCAAGAGCCAGGGCCUUGUCGACAACCGAGAGAAUUGCUGGAAGUUCUUCAUAGACCGGGUCCGACGUCAACUGAAGGUGACUCUCUGUUUCUCCCCGGUGGGGGAUAAGCUGAGGGUCAGAAGCAGGAAAUUCCCGGCCAUUGUGAAUUGCACGGCCAUCAGCUGGUUCCACGCGUGGCCGCAGCAGGCAUUAGAGUCUGUCAGCCUCCGCUUCCUGCAACACACAGAGAACAUUGAGCCCACAGUAAAGCUGUCCAUUAGCAAAUUCAUGGCCUUUGUCCACACAAGUGUCAACCAAACAUCCCAGUCUUACCUGAGCAAUGAGCAGCGCUACAACUACACAACUCCCAAGUCCUUUCUGGAGUUCGUCAGACUCUACCAGAGUCUGCUGCGCAGGAAUGGAAAGGAGCUCAGGUCCAAAACGGAGCGGCUUGAGAAUGGGCUGCUGAAGCUCCACAGCACAUCUGCCCAGGUGGAUGAUCUCAAAGCCAAGCUGGCCACCCAGGAGGUGGAACUGAAGCAGAAAAAUGAAGAUGCAGACAGACUGAUUCAGGUGGUCGGCGUGGAGACUGGUAAAGUGAGCCAGGAGAAGGCCCUCGCAGACGAGGAGGAGCGGAAGGUCGCACUCAUCAUGCGCGAGGUGAAGCAGAAGCAGAAGGCCUGUGAGGAAGACCUGGUCAAAGCAGAGCCUGCGCUCACAGCAGCCCAGGCUGCUCUCCACACACUCAACAAGACCAACCUGACAGAGCUGAAGUCAUUCGGGUCCCCUCCUUCGGCUGUCAGCAACGUCAGCGCCGCAGUGAUGGUGCUCCUGGCUCCCAGAGGCAAGGUGCCCAAGGACCGGAGCUGGAAGGCUGCCAAGGUCGCCAUGGCCAAGGUGGACGGCUUCCUGGACUCGCUCAUCAAGUUUGACAAAGAAAACAUUCACGAGAACUGCCUCCAAGCCAUCAGGCCGUACCUGCAAGACCCAGAAUUCAAGCCCGAGUUUGUGGCCACCAAGUCAUACGCAGCCGCGGGCCUCUGCUCGUGGGUCAUAAACAUUGUGAGAUUCUAUGAAGUGUUCUGUGAUGUGGAGCCCAAACGCCAGGCAUUGAGCAAAGCCACCUCGGAGCUCACCGCUGCCCAGGAAAAGCUGGCGGCCAUUACAGUCAAGAUCGCCCACCUUAAUGAAAACCUGGCCAAACUCACAGCCAAGUUUGAGAAGGCAACGGCAGACAAGCUCAAAUGUCAGCAAGAAGCCGAAGUGACUUCAGGCACCAUCUCCCUUGCAAAUCGCCUGGUUGGAGGACUUGCUUCUGAAAACGUGAGGUGGGCUGAAGCUGAACAGGACUUCCAACAGCAGGAAAGGACAUUAUGCGGAGACAUUUUACUUACUACGGCUUUCAUUUCGUACCUUGGCUUCUUUACAAAGAGAUACCGGCAGAGUCUCAUGGAUGGGGCCUGGAGACCUUACCUGAGCCAGCUGAAAGUCCCCAUCCCAGUCACUCCCAACUUGGAUCCCCUGCGGAUGCUGACCGAUGAAGCUGACGUAGCCACCUGGCAGAAUGAGGGCCUCCCUGCAGACCGUAUGUCCAUGGAGAACGCCACCGUCCUUGUCAACUGUGAGCGCUGGCCGCUCAUGGUUGAUCCCCAACUGCAGGGAAUCAAGUGGAUCAAGAAUAAAUAUGGUGAAGACCUCCGGGUUACCCAGAUUGGCCAGAAAGGUUAUCUGCAAACCAUAGAACAUGCCCUGGAAGCUGGAGAUGUGGUGCUGAUUGAAAACCUAGAAGAGUCCAUUGAUCCUGUCCUGGGACCCCUGCUUGGGCGAGAAGUCAUUAAGAAGGGACGAUUCAUUAAAAUCGGAGACAAAGAAUGUGAGUACCAUCCCAAGUUCCGACUCAUCCUUCAGACCAAGCUGGCCAAUCCUCACUACCAACCUGAGCUGCAGGCUCAGGCAACGCUGAUCAACUUCACUGUGACCAGGGACGGCCUGGAGGACCAGUUGCUGGCUGCCGUGGUCAGCAUGGAGAGGCCAGACCUAGAGCAGCUGAAAUCAGACCUCACAAAGCAGCAGAAUGGAUUCAAAAUCACCCUCAAAACGUUAGAAGACAACCUGCUCUCUCGCCUCUCCUCGGCAUCAGGGAACUUCCUGGGAGAAACUUCCUUGGUGGAAAACCUAGAGGUCACCAAGCAGACAGCUGCCGAAGUGGAGAUAAAGGUCCAGGAGGCCAAGGUGACUGAGGUGAAAAUCAACGAGGCCCGAGAACACUAUCGACCAGCAGCUGCCCGGGCUUCUCUGCUCUACUUCAUCAUGAAUGACCUCAGCAAAAUCCACCCCAUGUACCAGUUUUCUCUCAAGGCCUUCAGUAUUGUCUUCAAGAAGGCUGUGGAAAGGGCUCCUCCCAGUGAGAAUCUAAAGGCGCGGGUGACCAGUCUAAUAGACAGCAUCACCUUCUCCGUAUGCCAGUACACCACCCGUGGACUCUUCGAGUGUGAUAAGCUGACCUACCUAGCCCAGCUCACCUUUCAGGUCCUCCUAAUGAAUCAAGAGAUCAGUGCCGCAGAGUUGGAUUUUCUGCUUCGAUCCCCAGCACAAACAGGGGUCACGAGUCCUGUGGAGUUCCUCUCUGAUCAGGCCUGGGACGGCAUCAAGGCCCUUUCAUCAAUGGAAGAAUUCUACAAUUUGGAUCGGGACAUUGAGGGAUCUGCCAAGAGCUGGAAAAAGUUUGUCGAGUCGGAAUGUCCCGAGAAGGAGAAGUUCCCACAGGAGUGGAAGAACAAGACAGCCUUGCAGCGCCUGUGCAUGAUGAGGGCCAUGCGGCCGGACCGGAUGACCUAUGCCAUGCGGGAUUUUGUUGAGGAGAAACUAGGAAGCAAAUACGUGGCAGGACGUGCUCUUGACUUUGCAACCUCAUUUGAAGAAUCGGGACCGGCCACUCCCAUGUUUUUUAUCUUGUCUCCAGGGGUGGAUCCACUGAAGGAUGUGGAAAAUAAAGGAAAGAAGCUUGGCUAUACCUUCAACAAUCAGAAUUUCCACAACGUGUCCUUAGGGCAAGGACAGGAAGUGGUGGCUGAGGCUGCGCUGGACCUAGCUACCCAGAACGGUCACUGGGUGAUUUUGCAGAACAUCCACCUGGUGGCCAAGUGGCUCAGCACUCUGGAGAAGAAGCUGGAAGAGCACAGUGCGAGCAGCCACCCGGAAUUCAGAGUCUUCAUCAGCGCAGAGCCCGCGCCGUCCGUCGAAGGCCACAUCAUCCCCCAGGGCAUCCUGGAGAACGCCAUUAAAAUCACCAACGAGCCGCCCACUGGCAUGCAUGCCAACCUGCACAAGGCCCUGGACAACUUCACUCAGGACACUCUGGAGAUGUGCUCCCGGGAGAUGGAGUUCAAGAGCAUCCUCUUUGCUCUUUGUUACUUCCAUGCGGUGGUGGCAGAGAGACGAAAGUUUGGGUCCCAGGGAUGGAACCGCUCUUACCCUUUUAACACGGGGGACCUCACCAUCUCUGUGAAUGUGCUCUACAACUUCCUGGAGGCCAACGCAAAGGUCCCCUAUGAUGAUUUACGUUACCUUUUUGGCGAGAUCAUGUAUGGAGGUCAUAUCACUGAUGAUUGGGACAGGAGACUCUGCAGAACCUACCUAGAGGAAUUCAUCCAACCAAAAAUGUUAGAAGGAGAACUAUCCCUGGCCCCGGGUUUCCCACUGCCAGGCAACAUGGACUACAAUGGUUAUCAUCAGUACAUUGAUGCCAAGCUGCCUCCGGAGUCUCCCUAUCUUUAUGGCCUCCACCCAAACUCAGAGAUUGGCUUCUUGACCCAAACCUCAGAGAAGCUCUUCCGCACUGUGCUAGAGCUGCAGCCUCGGAACAGCCGUGCUGGAGACGGAGCAGGAGCCACAAGAGAAGAAAAGGUCAAGGUCCUCCUGGAAGAAAUAUUGGAGCGGGUGACGGAUGAGUUUAACAUCCCAGAACUGAUGGCCAAAGUGGAGGAGCGCACCCCCUACAUUGUGGUGGCCUUCCAGGAGUGUGAACGGAUGAACAGCCUCACCAGAGAGCUCCAGCGCUCCCUCCGAGAGUUGGACCUGGGCUUAAAGGGGGAGUUGACCAUGACCAGUGACAUGGAGAACUUACAGAAUGCUCUGUACCUAGACAUGGUGCCAGAGACCUGGGCAAAGCGCGCUUACCCCUCCACGUCAGGACUGGCAGCCUGGUUUCUGGACCUUCUCAACCGAAUCAAGGAGCUGGAAGCGUGGACAGGCGACUUUGUAAUGCCCUCCACUGUGUGGCUGACAGGCUUCUUCAACCCCCAGUCAUUCCUGACUGCCAUCAUGCAGUCCAUGGCCCGCAAAAAUGAGUGGCCACUGGACCAGAUGGCCCUGCAGUGUGAUGUUACCAAGAAGAACAGGGAAGAAUUCAGGAACCCACCUCGAGAGGGGGCUUAUGUCCAUGGCCUCUUCCUGGAAGGUGCUCGCUGGGACACACAGGCUGGAAUCAUUACAGAGGCAAAGCUGAAGGACCUGACACCCUCCAUGCCUGUGAUGUUCAUCAAGGCCAUCCCUGCGGAGAAGCAGGACUGCCGAAGUGUCUACCCCUGCCCUUUGUACAAGACUUGUCAGCGGGGACCCACCUAUGUGUGGACUUUCAACCUGAAAACGAAGGAGCCCCCAUCCAAGUGGGUCCUAGCUGGAGUAGCCUUGCUUCUUCAGAUCUAGCUCCCUGCAGAGCCAUCGAGGAAGCCAGAGGAGAGGCUGGCUGGAGGCUGUUAAGACAGAUGAGUUAAAGGUUGACCUCAUAUAUUUAGAAAGGUAGGAAAAUACUGGCCUCUCACAAUGCUGCAGAUUCCCUCUGGGGAACUCGGAGAAGUGCCUGACAACGAGUGCUAGAGCUAGAGAACUGGGUCCAGGGACUCGGGAGAGGAUUUCAGAAUAUUGAAUCUUUGCUA